UCUCAGGGGCUAACUGGGCUCUAAUACCUCCCCUGUGGCAGCAAUGGGCCAUUUCCAGCAGGGACGGUGCCAUGUCGACCCAAAUGCCUGAAUGCCACUCACCUCCAAAGAGCACGGAGUCUGAAAAGUGGCAGUGACAGAAGAGGUGACUCUUGCGGCUGAAGCUGCGGUGCUUGAGGCGGAGGAAGGAGUCUCCUAACUGGUGCCACAUACAUCAGAUGGAUGGUCUCUAGCCUGCUUCCAAACCCGCCCUCGGCUGAGUGCUGGGCAGCACUUCUACAUGAUCCUAUGACGCUUGAUAUGGACGCAGUCCUGUCAGACUUUGUUCGGUCCACGGGGGCAGAACCUGGUCUGGCCAGAGACCUGCUGGAAGGCAAGAACUGGGACCUGACGGCCGCUCUAAGCGACUAUGAGCAACUCCGACAGGUGCACACAGCCAACCUGCCACACGUGUUCAAUGAAGGGAGGUGUGCCAAGCAGCCCGAGCGAGAAUUGCCUCAGCCAGGGCACAAAGUGGAGCGGCCCUGCCUGCAGAGGCAGGACGAUAUUGCCCAAGCAGAGAAGCGUCUUUCCCGGGGAAUUUCCCAUGCCAGCUCAGCCAUCGUCUCCCUGGCCCGAUCCCACGUAGCCAAUGAAUGCAGCAGUGAGCAGUUCCCACUGGAGAUGCCUAUCUAUACAUUCCAGCUGCCGGACCUGAGCGUGUACAGUGAGGACUUCAGGAGCUUCAUCGAACGGGACCUGAUCGAGCAGGCCACCAUGGUAGCUCUGGAGCAGGCAGGUCGCCUGAACUGGUGGUCUACUGUGUGCACAAGCUGUAAACGGCUCCUUCCUUUGGCCACGACAGGGGACGGGAACUGCCUCUUACAUGCCGCCUCACUGGGAAUGUGGGGCUUUCACGACCGGGACCUGGUUCUGCGGAAAGCUCUCUAUACCAUGAUGAGGACCGGUGCUGAGCGAGAAGCCCUGAAGCGGAGGUGGAGGUGGCAGCAGACACAGCAGAACAAGGAGUCAGGGCUGGUGUACACUGAGGAGGAAUGGGAGCGAGAGUGGACAGAGCUGCUAAAACUGGCCUCCAGCGAGCCUCGCACACACUUCAGCAAGAAUGGCAGCGGCACGGGUGGUGGUGUGGACAACUCUGAGGAUCCUGUAUAUGAAAGCCUGGAAGAGUUCCAUGUCUUUGUCCUAGCCCACAUACUGCGGAGACCCAUUGUGGUGGUGGCAGACACCAUGCUAAGAGACUCUGGUGGUGAAGCGUUUGCACCCAUCCCAUUUGGAGGGAUCUACCUGCCCUUGGAGGUGCCUCCCAACAGGUGCCACUGUUCGCCCCUGGUUCUGGCCUAUGACCAAGCGCACUUCUCGGCCCUUGUGUCCAUGGAACAGAGAGACCAACAGAGAGAACAAGCCGUCAUCCCCCUGACGGAUUCGGAGCACAAGCUGCUGCCCUUGCACUUUGCGGUGGACCCCGGAAAGGAUUGGGAGUGGGGGAAAGAUGACAACGACAAUGCCCGGCUAGCCCACCUCAUCCUGUCUCUAGAAGCCAAGCUGAACCUUCUACACAGCUACAUGAAUGUGACGUGGAUCCGCAUCCCCUCUGAGACCCGGGCUCCCCUUGCACAGCCAGAGUCUCCAACAGCCUCAGCGGGGGAGGAUGUGCAGUCCCUGGCCGAAUCACUGGACUCGGACCGAGAUUCUGUGUGCAGCAAUUCCAACAGCAAUAAUGGCAAGAACGGUAAGGACAAGGAGAAGGAGAAACAGCGCAAGGACAAGGACAAGACGCGCGCAGACUCCGUGGCCAACAAGCUGGGCAGCUUCAGCAAGACGCUGGGCAUCAAGCUGAAGAAAAACAUGGGCGGGCUGGGCGGCCUGGUGCACGGUAAGAUGGGUCGCGCCAACUCUGCCAAUGGCAAGAACGGCGACAGCACCGAGCGCAGCAAGGAGAAGAAGUCCAAGUCGCGCAAGGGCAGUAAAGAGGAAUCGGGAGCGUCGGCUAGCACCUCGCCCUCAGAAAAGACCACGCCGUCGCCCACGGACAAGGCGGCGGGAACUUCGCCGGCCGACAAAGGCAACGGGCCAAGGGGCGACGCCUGGAAGUACAGCACGGACGUGAAGCUGAGCCUCAACAUCUUGCGCGCCGCCAUGCAGGGCGAGCGCAAGUUCAUCUUCGCUGGCCUGCUGCUCACCAGCCACCGGCACCAGUUCCACGAGGAGAUGAUCGGCUACUACCUGACCAGCGCGCAGGAGCGCUUUAGCGCGGAGCAGGAGCAGCGGCGCAGGGACGCUGCGGCGGCAGCCAGCGCCACGGCCACGGCCACGGCCACAACCAAGCGACCGACGACUCCCCAGCUCCAUCUCAUAAGCAAAUCCUCCCACAGCCCCCGGCUCGAGCAACAUUCACACUGCCAUCCAAGCCGCGGGCGACCACAGAAUGGGCACCGGACAACCUACCUCUCAGGGCACGGUGAGGUGUAG